AUGGUUAACUCGACGCUGCCAGGAUACCCGCCUCACGUUGCUGUGAACAACCAAGGGGGCUAUGCAUCCUCCACCAUUGCCGGGAUGGUGCCCGUAUUCCUGCAGCGAGUCAGGGAAAACGAUGGAGGAAAUGGGAAUAUAGGGAGCAGGCAGCCCGAUGGGGAGAACAGGAUAGACAGAUGCACCGAAGCUGUGUUCCUCUCUGUUCUCUUUAGGAUUAUACGGACCAAGGUUCAACAGCCAUUCCACCUCCCUCUGGAAGAUCAUUCUCGGGCACGGCUCAGUCCCGCACACACACUGGUCCCCAAUUCAACAGUCACACCCCCUGAAUCUCCCCCUACAAGUGACUCGCUUGGAUCAUCCUACUCCAUAAGUGGUCUGCUCGGGAUCGUACAGACCAGCAACGACAAGAGGAAACUGAGAGAAGGUGCGCAGGACAGCUGCGAGGCGAAAGGCGGCGCUCCCCGCAAGCAGAUGAGGACGGAGGCCUACCCCCGGCAACUCGAGGGCCCGGAGCCUACCUUCGACAGGCCGCGCUACGCCGAGGCCUACUCCGACGCCAAAGGCGACCAGGCCCCUCUGUACCCACUGUCAUCACUGAGCGGCGGAAUCGAAGAAGACAAGCAAGACUUGACCCCUCCGUCCACCCAGGUUGGCAGGGGCGUACCUCAGGCCUAUCCGGUGGUGACAGGUGAGCGGCUCCGAACUGUGGAAUUCUGGGAGCAAACACUGCCAGGAUCAAGAGGUGUGGCAGCUGGGAGCAUGCCAACACAGGGCCGGAUCCACUCUUUUCUGACUGGCCACGCAAUAGCAUUAGAGGCGAGUAAUAAUUUAGAGGCGAGUAAUAAUUUAGCAGUGAGCAAUAAUUUAGAGGCGAGCAAUAAUUUAGAGGUGUGUAAUAAUUGA